AGAGACCUCCCGUCUUUGCCUGCCAGUCUUCGCAACAUCCCAUCCUCUCGACGAACGACAUGUCUUCCGAUACUCCAACCAUCGACAUGACCCCGCAGGGCCUCCUGAACGCGGACGGCAACUACGUUCUCCAGCAGGAAGACGUAUACAACCUCCUCAAGUAUGUGUGGGCCGGUGUCUUGCUCCCCGUCACGCCGGACGACUACCAGAAGCGGCUGCAAAUAUCCACCGACAUCGCGACCAAGCUUUCCAACGUCAUCACGCCCCUCGUUGCGGCUUACAAGACCUGCAGCGCCAACUGUACGACGUUCAAGACUACGACCUACCCCAGUAUCGUGGCCAUCGCCAGCGACAUCUACAGCUAUGCCCAGAACGCUGGCGGCACUGCGCAGGAUUCUUACUACGCCAAUAUCUGGCAGGGCAUCCGGUCCCUGGCAAACGCCACCUCGCCCACGCAGGCGCAGCAGCUUACGGACACCAUCAACGGCUUGAUCGACGUGCAGGUCACGGAUAUCGCCAACAUCAAGGCGAAGGCCGAGCAGGUCGUCACCGACUUGACGACGUUCAAGACGCAGACCGAGGGCGAUCAGACGACGCUGAAGACGAACCUCGAUGCGGUGGCCGCCGCUCUGAAAGCCGAGGAUGGCGACUUGGCCACCUUGGAGAAGCUGCUCGUGGACAACAAAGCGGAGCUUGCGAGCGACGAGGAGGAAUACGAGCAUGACGUGAUCGUGGCGUGCACGACCCUCACCUACGUCUGGGUGCCCUUGUGGGGCACCAUCUCCGCUAUUGUCGUCGCUGGCGUCUUCGGGAAGAAGGCGGCUGACAUGGCGGAUAAGAUCGACGAGAUGAAGAAACUCAUUACGGACGAGGAGGGGAAGAUCUCCGACGAGAAACGCCUCCUUGCGGACCUGAACGCGGUCGACACCGACUUGACCAACUUCUAUGCCUCCAUCGACCCCGCGGUCACCGCCUUGAAGGACAUGAUCACGGUCUGGGACAACAUCUCCGCGCAGCUCACGAACCUGAAGAGCAUCGUUGCGAACGACGUGAAGAAGGCGAACGCGGUCACGGCGGCGCAGACCGACGCGAUUCUGGUUGCCAAGUGGAACACUCUUAAGGAGGCCGUUGACAAAUACCGCAAGGCAGCCUAUAUCACGCCGAUUCAGCAGUCGUCCUUGGACGCGAUCUCGGCGCAGCUCCGCCAGCAGGCAUCCCGCGCUGCGUAGUGAAGGUUCGCACUGGUGUAGUCGAAGUCACCCGUAUUUGGCGCCAAAGCCUUCCAAGUGUCAUGUAGCAAUGAUCAAUGAAUCGUGUAUCCUUUUUUCGACCCCACCACGGCCUUACUCCCGUC